AUAGUUGCCGAUUGCUUCUGAUACUUAGACAGUCUCUAGGCCCUGACCAGAGGACUGCAGGACCUCAGUAUUCCUUUUCUGUAGUGUUUGACCUGUAGAAGCCAGUAGGUGUGAGGAGCCUGUAUUUACAGCCAGUCUGAUGGAGAAUGAUGCCUAUGACAGGAUCGGGGACGAACCCCCUAACUACGAGGAGACGUCUUUCUCCGGUGGUACCACCUCUAACGGUAAUGGGACCGGUAACGGAGAGCACCGGGCCGUCCGUCCGUCCGUGGUCAGUGCGUUUGGUCAUGACACGCUGGACCGCGUGCCCAACAUCGACUUCUACCGGAAUGCUGGGAGUGUGAGCGGUAACCGUGCGGUCCGACCGUCCCUGCAGGAGCUCCACGAUGUCUUCCAGAAGAAUGGAAGGAUCUCAGUGACGACCACGGUGGAGGACAGAGAGGGGAGCGACGGGACGCCGUCGGACGAUGUGGAGUCUGUCAUUCCCCUGGACAACAAAGAUGGAACCGUGAGGUUCGGCUGGAUAAAGGGAGUCCUGGUGAGAUGUAUGUUGAACAUCUGGGGUGUGAUGCUGUUCAUCCGUCUGUCCUGGGUGUUUGGACAGGCCGGCUGGGGUCUGGGCAUUGUGGUCAUUGCUCUGAGCUGUGUGGUGACCACCGUCACCGGUCUCUCCAUGUCUGCUAUCUGCACCAAUGGAGUGGUACGAGGAGGAGGGGCGUACUACCUGAUAUCACGCAGUCUGGGACCAGAGUUUGGCGGUUCCAUUGGUCUCAUCUUCGCCUUCGCUAACGCUGUUGCCGUGGCGAUGUACGUGGUGGGCUUCGCAGAGACUGUGGUAGACCUACUCAAGGAAAACGAUGCCAUUAUGAUAGAUGAGCUGAAUGACAUCAGGAUCAUCGGCUGUAUCUCGGUGGUACUGCUGCUGGGGAUCUCAGUGGCCGGGAUGGAGUGGGAGGCCAAGGCCCAGAUAGGUUUGCUGAUCAUCCUCCUGAUAGCCAUCGUCAACGUCUUCGUAGGAACUGGCAUCCCAGCCUCCACCGACAAGAAGUCCAAAGGAUUCUUUAACUAUGACGCCAAAAUAUUUAUGGAGAACUUACCGCCGAACUUCCGAGAUGGAGAGACGUUCUUCUCUGUGUUCGCCAUCUUCUUCCCUGCUGCCACGGGUAUCCUGGCCGGAGCUAACAUCUCUGGAGACCUGAAGGAUGCCCAGGAUGCUCUCCCUAAAGGAACCCUGCUGGCCAUCCUCAUCACUGGAGUCACAUACCUGGGAGUCGCCCUCUGUGUCUCUGCCACGGUGGUGCGUGAUGCAACAGGAAACAUCAACGACACCAUUGCCAUAGGGAUGGACAUGUUCUGUAACGGUACCAACACUGCUGCCUGUGAGCAGGGAUGGAACUUCUCCUCCUGUGAUGUCAGCAGCUGCAAGUUUGGCUCCAUGAACAACUUCCAGGUGAUGACCAUGGUGUCAGGGUUCGGUCCUCUCAUCACAGCAGGAACCUUCUCUGCCACCCUCUCCUCCGCCCUCGCCUCCCUCGUCAGCGCACCCAAAGUCUUCCAGGCUCUGUGUAAAGACAACAUCUACACUGCACUGAAGUUCUUCGCCAAGGGACACGGCAAGAACAACGAGCCAAUCAGAGGCUACGUUCUGACUUUCAUCAUCGCUGUCGCCUUCAUAAUCAUUGCCGAUCUGAACAUCAUCGCGCCCAUCAUCUCCAACUUCUUCCUGGCAUCGUACGCCCUCAUCAACUUCUCCUGCUUCCACGCUUCAUACGCUAAGUCCCCAGGCUGGAGGCCAGCAUACAGGUACUACAACAUGUGGUUGUCUCUGUUUGGAGCGGUGCUCUGCUGUGGUGUGAUGUUUGUCAUCAACUGGUGGGCUGCUCUCCUCACCUACGCAAUCGAGAUCUUCCUAUAUGUCUACGUCACUGUCAAGAAGCCAAAUGUGAACUGGGGCUCGUCCACUCAGGCCGUGACGUUUGUCAGCGCGGUCAACAACGCUCUGUCACUGACCGGAGUAGAGGACCAUGUUAAGAACUUCCGACCUCAGUGUAUGGUGCUGACAGGAGCACCUAAGAACAGACCGGCACUCCUGGACCUGGCUCAUUGUUUCACUAAGAACUACGGACUCUGUCUCACAUGUGAAGUCUUUGUGGGCCCCAGAACAGAGACAUUGACAGAUGUGAACGCUGGAAUGGAGAAGAACCAGAUGUGGCUGAAUAAGAAGAAGAGAAAAGCCUUCUAUGCUGCAGUGGCCUGUGACUCCUUCAGACAGGGAACUGAGAACCUCAUGCAGGCAUCAGGUCUGGGUCGUCUGAAACCCAACAUUCUGAUGAUGGGCUUCAAGAAGGACUGGAGGACAGCAGACACAGCUGGCGUACAGAGCUAUGUAGGAGUACUGCACGAUGCAUUUGACUUUGAGUACGGAACCGUGGUACUAAGGAUGAACCAGGGACUGGACAUCUCACACAUCAUAAAGGCUCAGGAGGAGAUGGAGAGAGAAGCCCAGGAGCAGAAGGAUCUGGAGAAAGAAUCAUGUCUCUCUCACUCUCUCAUUGUCUGUCUCUCUCACACACACACACUCUGUCUCUCUCACUGUCUCUCUCUCGCUCAUGGCCUCUCUCUCUCUCACUGUCUCUCUCUCUCUGUCUGUGGGUCAGGUCUAACCCUACUGCUGCCCUACAUCCUGACAACCCGUAAGAAGUUCAAGGACUGUAAGAUGAGGAUCUUCAUCGCUGGCCAGCCGGGACGUGUCGAGCAGGACAGACAUGAGAUGAAGUCUCUGCUGGAGAAGUUCAGGAUCAAAUAUGCAGACAUCCACGUCAUCGACGACAUCACCCAAAACCCCAACUCUAACAGCUGGAAGAUGUUUGAGGACAUGAUUGAGCCGUUCCGUCUUCACGAGGGGUCAAAGAGCACCACUCUGGCCGAGGCUCUGAGGAAAGACAACCCCUGGAAGAUCUCUGACGCCGAGCUGGACACCUUCGAGGAAAAGACCAACCUCCAGGUCAGGCUGAAUGAACUACUGCAGGAGAACUCCCGAGCUGCCAACCUCAUCAUAGUGAGUAUGCCCAUCGCCCGUCUAGGCUCAGUCUCUGACCACCUCUACAUGGCCUGGUUGGACAUCCUCACCAAGAACCUCCCUCCCACCAUGUUGAUCAGAGGCAACCACAAGAGCGUCCUCACCUUCUACUCAUAGACCGACCCUCUCAGCAGUCACGAGAUGGCCACAAGGGACAACCAAGAAACUUUCAUCAAUAUCCAGGAGUUAUUUGCUAUCAGUUUAAAUGAAAAGGUGAUGGUUAGAGAUAAGGUGAUGGGAAAGGUUAAAGGUUAGAAAGUGAGGUUCUUCCGUCUUGUCUAGCAUUCCCAAAUAGUGAUGACACAACACAGACAUAUGGACUCAGGGAUAUAUGGGCACAAGGACCGGACACUGCCUGGGAUGGGUCAAUUACACUGCCUGGGAUGGGUCAAUUACACUGCCUGGGAUGGGUCAAUUACACUGCCAGUGCCUAUGCUGCCCCCCGUUGGAAUUGUACAUGUGGUGCAUAAUUAGGGGUCCAAACCCUGAAUCGGGCCGGAAAACUCUUAUUAUUAUAUAUAUUAGUCAUGUAACAGAUACUCUUAUCCAGAGCAACUUACAGUUAGUGUUCUUGUUAAGGAUAUUAUUAUUCUGACAUAUUAUUAUUAUUAUUCCAAUUUUAAGAGUUCGACCUAUAGUUCGACCUACAGAGACCAAACUUGGAGGGAUGGUGUAAAUUGUGACCCAAUACAUCUGGUAAAUCUUUGGUAUUUGACACAGAGUGGGACUGGGACGUUAGAUAACAGACUGGUCCCAGGCUAGUUGGAGCCCCCUGCUGGCUAUGCAUCUCAAUAUGGUAUACUUUUUCCUUCAAUAUACACUUGUCCACUACCCACAUAGUGGUCCUCUGUAGCACAGUUGGUAGAGCAUGGUGCUUGCAAUGCCAUGAUAGUGGGUUCAAUAUCCGGGACCAUUCAUAUGUAAAGCGUUUUUGGCACGCAUGACAGUAAGUUGCUUUAGAUAUAAGUGUCUGAUAAAUGGCAUAAAUGAUAUUAUUCUAUAUUAUGAGAUUGGUGUAAGAGCAAAAGAUUGAGUCAAGACCAGAACCUGUAGUUCAUACAUACAGACUCCUCCAUAGUUCUCAACCCUGAGGCCUGCAUGGGCUAGUGCCUUCGUCUUGUACAUGCCAACCCAUGGCGGCCCAGGUUCAAAUCCCACCAUUGCUGCUUUCAGAUAGACAUCCCUAGACACUGAGUUGGCUUUGUGGCUGAAUUUGAUGACUUAAAUAAGGGCAAAAUAUUUGAGGAAGAGUCAAAAGUCUUGGUCCCAGGUCAUUGCUGCUUGUAGCUAGCCUAUAUGUAUAACUCUUCUUUUGGGGGAACAACAGAUGAUACACACUGAGUACACAAAACAUUAAGAACACCUGCUCUUUCCAUGACAUAGACUGACCAGGUGAAUCCAGGUGAAAGCUAUGAUCCCUUAUUGAUGUCACUUGUUAAAUCCACUUCAAUCAGUGUAG